AAAAUUGCUGCAAUUGCCAGAGACAAGAAUUGUAUUAUGGAUAUGGUGAAAUGUGCAAAACCAACAUAGAAUUUCAGGAAAAAAAUCAUAAUUUGUUUCCAUGGCUCCAACUCUCACUUCCAAUUCAUUUCUCCUUACCACUACACCACAUUCAAGACUCAGACUCAGAGUCUUAGCCAAAAAAUCCGAACCAUUUUCGCCGUUUCAGCUUGGCAAAUCCAAAGAUGAAGCUGAUGGUUCACCCAAUUCUAGCCCUUUUAGUUUCAACUUUGGUAAAGUACCCGACAUGAAGUCGUUGAUCCCGGUCAUUGGAAAGCCGGAUUCCGGAAUGUCGUUUCGGAGGAAGGAUGCUGGGACAGUGUUUGUGGCUGGUGCUACUGGAUUGGCUGGUAUUAGGAUUGCUCAGACAUUGCUCCGUGAAGGUUUUAGCGUUCGAGCUGGGGUUCCUGAACUUGGACCUGCUCAAGAGUUGGCUCGUCUUGCAGCAGAGUACAAGAUCAUAUCAAAGGAAGAAUCAAAGCGACUAAACGCAGUUCAAUCAACUUUCAAAGAUACAGAAUCAAUUGCUAAAGCAAUUGGUAAUGCAAGCAAAGUUGUAGUCACAAUUGGUCCCACGGAGAACGGUCCAACCUCAUCGGUAUCAACUUCCGAUGCAUUACAAGUAGUAGAGGCAGCUCAGCUAGCCGGAGUCGGCCAUGUCGCGAUAAUCUAUGAUUCAAAUUCUUCAACUGCAUCCACUUACAAUGUGCUCGACGGCCUCACAUCAUUUUUUAACAAUUUAUUCGCGCAAUCUCAGACUUUGACGGUACCCGAGUUUCUUCAGAAAGUAAUUGAAACGGAUGUGAGAUAUACAUUCAUCAAGACGAGUUUGACGGAAGAUUUUGGGCCGGAAAGUUCUUAUAAUUUAGUUGUUUCAGCUGAAGGAAGCAUCGGUUCAGACUACAAAGUGGCAAAGUCUCAGAUUGCAUCAGUAGUUGCAAAUGUUUUCUCCAACACAGAAGUUGCAGAAAAUAAGGUGGUGGAAAUUUUUACCGAUCCAUUAGCAUCCUCCAAGUCUGUAAGCGAGCUAUUCAGCGCGAUUCCUGAAGACGGAAGACGAAAAGCAUAUGCAGAAAAAAUCGCCAAGGAACAAGCUGAGGAAGAAGCAAAAACAGCUUCUCAGAAAGCUGAAGAAGUGGCUAAUGCAGAGAUGAAAAAGCUAUCCGAUCAAGAAGCUAAAACACCAAAUCUUGCGGCAGAAGCACAAGAAAAAGCAGAGGCUUCAAUGGAAAAUCUGUUGAGCAGAGCAAAAGACAUCAGUUCUGGUUUCUCAUGGGAUAAACUGAGCUCUCAAUUCGCGGUUAAUGGCGGUGUCAAACCCGACAGUACACCGAUCGCUACUGUGCGAGGACAAGCCAAAGCUCGGUCUCUACCGAGACAAAAAGCUGCCGUGAAACCGAAACUGUUUCCUUCUUUGAAACCGAAACAACAGCCGAAGGCGAAGGUGGCGAAAGAGGCGAAAGAGUCGAAAGCUGAGGUUAAGAAACUGUUUGGUGGAUUGUUUCAGCAAGAAACCAUUUACAUUGAUGAAUGAUGAGGAUUGAUCAGUUGAGGCUAUUAUUUAGCUUGUGUAAUUGAUUUCUUGCCAUUUAAGUUUUAAUAAUUCAGAUGUUAUUUGAAGUUUGUAAUGAAUGUUAUAUAUUCUGUAAUAAUGCUUCAUAUGUUUCUAAAUAUUUUGCUUAA